CUCUGAUUCUGAUUGGUUCUAAAAACAUCAACACCGGCGCGGAAGUACGAUCUCCGAAAAAUGGCAGAAUGCAGUCCGAGGAACAAAUACGAUCCGACAUCCUACUUCGAAUGAAAACACGCUUCGAUUUAAUACUGAGAAACGGAACAGUGGACCCUACAUACCUGUUAGAUGUUGCCCAGCAGGAGCUGUCUGUAGCAGAAGCAGCAUCCCGGCACCUGCAAAUUCCACCUGAACUCAUCCCCUGCCUACAGGGGCUCAUCAACUCAGUUCAGUCAUCGGCAAUACCUGUACCGCAAGCAUUGGUUAAUGUGUCCGAUGUGGUGACCAUUACUGUGGGUAGAUUGGGACGGCCCCGUUUAGAGAUCGCAGGCAGCGACAUAGAAAGUCUUCUCUCCAAUGCACUGCCAAUAGAACACAUCGCAAAUCUAUAUGGCGUGUCAAGGCGAACGUUUUACAGGCGAAUGAGUGAGUGCAACUUAUCUGUCCGUGGUUGCUAUUCAACCUUAUCGGAUAAUGAAUUGGACAGUGUGGUGAGGUCAAUAAAGACAAGAAUGCCUCACGCUGGAUACAGACUGGUGAAAGGCGAGCUGUUAGCUAGAGGCCAUCGGCUGCCAUGGCGCAGAGUGAAGAGCAGUGUACAGCGUGUGGAUGGAGCGGGGGUUUUGGCCAGGAUGAUACAGGUUGGGUGUGUAGCUCGCAGAACAUACAGCGUACCUGCCCCUCUGUCCUUGGUCCAUGUGGACACUAACCAUAAGCUAAUCAGAUUUAACAUGGUUAUUUUCUGUGGGAUCGAUGGCUUUUCAAGGAGGAUUAUAUACCUUGAUGCGGCAGCAAACAACAAAGCCACCACCGCUUUUUCCUUCUUUUUGGAUGGUGUACGCACGCAUGGAUGGCCGUCAAGAGUACGCGGUGAUCAAGGGGUUGAAAAUGUGGACAUUGCCAAAUGCAUGUUCUCUGUGCGAGGAACGGGACGUGGAAGUUUCAUCGCCGGGAAAAGUGUUCAUAAUCAGCGAGUGGAGCGGCUGUGGCGUGAUGUCUGGUCAGCAGUCACGUGUACUUACUACGAGGACUUGCAUUCUUUGGAGGAAGAGGGGCUCCUGGAUCUGUCAGAUCACAUCGACCUCUUCUGUGUGCAUUUUGCACUUCUGCCACGACUGAAGACUGACCUGAAAGCCUUUGUGAACAGUUGGAACAAUCAUCCUCUCAGGACAGAACACAACCUGUCCCCUAACCAGCUGUGGCACAUCGGAAUGUUACAGUUAUCAGUGGCAGAACCAGAUGUACAGCCCCCAGAUAAUAUCCCAGACAAUGAAGCCCCAGAGGAUGGAGUGGUGGUUCCAGAGAUUGCCUGUCCCCUGUCACAGAGGAACCUCCUGGUCCUGCAAGAGACAAUUGAUCCAAACGCCUCCCCACUUUGCCGCAAGGGUCUUUAUGCACAAACACGACGUCUUGUACACACCCUAUGCUAACCAACCCCCUAACACCAUAGUAAUACAUUUUUAAAUAUCUGUGACAUUCAAUACAAU